AUUUUUCAAUCAAAUUCUAAAUAUGCGUAAAAAAACAAACAUUUCUUCCUCGUAUUGUUAGGAUGUGACCAACUAAACGGCCAACAAUUAUUUUCAAGAUCUUUGUUAAAACAAUUUGAUUUACCUCACAUGUCUAGACGUUGCGGAUGAAUGCCCAUAGGCUGUAUUUAUAUUUAACACUUUUAUUUAGCUUCGCAGUGAACAACACUCCACCCGGACCGUUACUAGUCACGCAACCGAUUACUGCAUUUGAUGGCGCUUGGUAACUGAUCACGAACCAAAAACUCACAAAAUUUUGGACGCAAGGAAACGUCAAAACCAUAUAGGGUUGAAAUGGUGCUUCAUUUUAGUCCAACGAUUGUCCAGUGCAUUCAUCGCCGGCAUGAUCAACCAAGGGAAGAAUCAAUACACAUGUUUUGUUCGAUUUUACUCCCUCAGUCCGGAACGUCGGGUAGGGUGUUAAAGCAGAAGGGAGUUGCCCGCUUGGGCAAUGCAGUGCGAAUUUCCUGCUUGCACUACAAUUCGAUUACGCGCCGAUCAAAACACACAACACCAGCUGUUGGAUGCACAUAAUGUACGCAUAAUGUACCCUCGGGGAGACAGCCGUACCGAUGGACGGCGAGCUUAUAAAUACCGUGAACGAAAGCAAAGAAAGUGGUCAGUCCACUGAUAGCCAUUAACGCGGUAGUAGUCGUAGCUUUAGAAGAGGGCACGAAGCAUUCUGUAAAGUUUUGCGGGCUCGCCAAACAGAGUCAACAAAGCCCUGUGCCUCUUCCUUUGAGACUCGCUCGCAAUGUUUAAGGUGAGUUUCAGUGGUUUGCGUGAGCGCGACGUCGUCAGUGAUCUUAAGAAAUCCCUUUUCUGUAUCUGGUUCCAGCUGGUGGUGGUCAUACUGUGCUUCGCCACACUGCUGGUUUCCACCGGGAGUGCACUGAAGAAAGACGAGUAUGAGAUCAAUAUCAAGCACGGUUCGUUCGCCGUGCACCAGCUGCAUGUGAACGCGGACAGUCCGCGCGAGGGCACGUCGCGCUCGGAGCCGCUAGCGCCCACGAUUGCCCCCGGAAGUGCGAGUAAAGAAAAUGGCCAGCAACGUAACGAACAGUUCUUUGGUGCCGUGAACGCAGAACGGGGUAGCGCUGGUGCCCGUGGCAGUGCUGGUGAUAGUGACGGGGAAAGAAUCUCCACUACACUGGCGGUUCCAAAACCGACGGUGCAAAGUGCCAAGAAAGUGACAACCGGUGAAGUGUUCCCGAGUGUCAAACCGAUCAAGAGUAUAGACUUUAAUGCCGUGUCCCCGGGGCUGGAGGAUGUUCCACUGCAGCCAAACAUUUUCCAAAGCAGCCAAGGACGUGGUCAGAACCGUGUGUUGUCAUACCAAUCGGUGGAAUACUAUCCGCCGGACGAAGUAACAGUGGAACAGGACGCCAUUGUGAGACCAAUUAGUGCGCAGGACUUUUACAAUACUCCUCAGUUGCGAGAACGUGGGCCAGUGUUGUUUGCAACCGAUCCAACUACCACUACUACAACGACUACAACGGUAAAGCCACCUGGCAAGCUGUUGAAAUCGAUUCCAAAGUCCGCUGUAGAGGAGAACGAAGAAAUUUACCUAUUACUUAAGUAUGAGAAUCCUAGAAAGAAGAUGGAAGCACAAGCAAAUACUAACAGCAGGUCUGAGGCAAGCGAUCAAAACAAAAACAACGCAAAUCGUGAUCGUCAGAGAACGAUCGAGACAUCACGAACCUCUCAACAAACUAUUCGUCCAAGCGCGGGAACGCGAAAACGACCACAAGCAGAGGAAGGACGACAACCCGAUGAUUUCCUGCAGGAAAGCUUGAGGACCGGAGGAAGUUUCACCACCGUAGGAUACUUUGUUAGCGACACGGAAACGACUACAUCCAUGGCCCCGGUAUCUACCUCCACGACGAAAGCAGAAGCUGCAAGUACACCUUCCAAGGAGUCUUCUGGAUGGAAUACUCAGGUGCGUGUUUCUUCCGGCAAGUUGCGCAACAGUUAUGGAGAUUACCUGAGUUCCGAUUUUAAGGACUUUGAAGAUUCCAUUCGUCCGAUCGAAGAGAACGUGGAGGAAACACCCGAAAGUGGGGCCGAUGAUGAGAAAGAAGAUAGCAUCGAAGAGGAAGUAACAAGUGGUCCAGCAGAUAUCGAUGCCAACAUGGAUAUUGUCGAAAUGACACGAAUUCUUGCUGGACGCCAAGGAGGUCUCACAAUAUCGGAGUUCAACCGGUUGUUUAAGGAUUACCUGAAGAAAGAAAUUACCGUCCAAGAUCUGGAAGAUUUUACCAAACUCGAAAAUGCUGAUAAAGAACCACCGAAGGAGACAUCAGCGAAUGAAGAUCCAUCAAAAUCAUUCGACAUAAGAGCUGAGAAUGGUAAGAAGAUAGCGAAAGUGGGCGACAAUCUACCCGGUCCCACUCCAGCGCAAAAGCAACAGCUCGAUCAGUUGAAGGUGCUCGUCAACAAGGGUUCACUAAAGCCCGGACGGAAAGAGAAGUUGGUCAAGAUUGGAUAUGGUGGAUCGAAAUCAUUCCAAGGUGUGUUCAAAUCACAAAAGUUCCUGGAGAAGGUAAAAUCGGAGCGUAUCCCGGUUCCGCCCGAAGGUUUAUGGGGUGGGUUAGAAUACAGGCAACAGCAACCGGCACGAGAAAUAGGACCGAUGGCUUACGUCGAUAAUCCCGUGUUUGGUUUUGCACCCGGUGGGAGAACACGGGCUGGAAUCAAGGAUGGACAAAAGUCUUCCAACGGUGGUCAAAGCUAUGUAAAGUUCCAGAAGAUAAGCUAAACUGAUAUGAGUCGCUGGGUGAUAACGUAAAUUGGAAUCCUAACCGCGCCCAUUUUGUUACCUCUGUUUAAGAAUAGUACCUAGAGAGUUAAUAAAUAGUAGACGUUGCUGUUGACCUGUUAAA